UGACCUAGGCUUUGGCCUGGGCCACUCGUUCCGGAGCCGCCAUGUCGUCCGACUUCGAAGGUUACGAGCAGGACUUCGCGGUGCUCACUGCAGAGAUCACUAGCAAGAUUGCGAGGGUCCCACGACUCCCGCCUGAUGAAAAGAAACAGAUGGUUGCAAAUGUGGAGAAACAGCUUGAAGAAGCGAAAGAACUGCUUGAACAGAUGGAUUUGGAAGUCCGAGACAUACCACCCCAAAGUCGAGGGAUGUACAGCAACAGAAUGAGAAGCUACAAACAAGAAAUGGGAAAACUCGAAACAGAUUUUAAAAGGUCACGGAUCGCCUACAGUGACGAAGUACGGAAUGAGCUCCUGGGGGAUGAUGGGAAUUCCUCAGAGAACCAGUUGAUAAAAUUACGUGAAGAGAGGGCACAUCUGCUCGAUAACACAGAGAGGCUGGAAAGGUCAUCUCGGAGACUAGAGGCUGGAUACCAAAUAGCAGUGGAAACCGAGCAAAUUGGUCAGGAGAUGUUGGAAAACCUUAGUCAUGACAGAGAAAAGAUGCAGCGAGCACGUGAAAGACUUCGGGAAACAGAUGCUAAUUUGGGAAAAAGUUCCAGGAUUCUCACGGGGAUGUUGCGAAGGUAAGAGCAAGAUAGUUGUUCCUGGCUGGAAGACAUUUUAUGAUAUUUAUUUGAUGACACACACCUGCUGGGUGGAUGAAAAGCAACUGCUCCUGGGGAUGACCUACUUCAAGGGCGCAGUCAGCUUCUGAGGACUUCAGCAGGUUAUCCUGAAAUCAUUUGAGUUCAUCUUGAUAUCACCUGUUGAACUUACCUAAGACUGGUGUAUUCGCAGACUUGUUGUAGGCACAGUUGCUAACCCCAGGGAAGAGAUUUCGGAGUAAGUAACUACUUUGUCAGUGUAUUGAGACUGGGAAGACACGCUGCUUUACCAAACCUACUCUGAGCAUAUGGAGUGCUCUUGGCACUCGGGAUGUGAAUCAGCCCAGGGACCUGCCAGCUGGGAGCGGACCCUCUAGAAGGGGAUCUAGUGGGAAUAGAAGUAAGUAUGGUCCAACACAGAAGGGAUGGAUCUGAGGAAGAAGGCAUGGAGGAUGAGGAUCCGAGGUGAGGGAAAGGGCUAUGAAAAAAUUUCUGACGAAGUGUUCUCCUGGGAGUUUCCAGGACAGAGAGAGAUUUCCAGUUGAGAUCAGGGAAGAGCAAGGAAUAUUUGAAAUGCAUGGAGACACUGUCGCCAAUUCAUCCUUUGAAGCCAACAUGUCUUGGCAUGUUCAUUUCUAUUCUACAAACAUUUAUGGAACACAUGCUGUUGAGACAUGGCAGGCCUUAGGUAGUGAAGAUAAAAUAUAAAUAAUCCGUGUCACUCUCCCAACAUAUAUACUCUAGUGGGAAGACAUAACUAAGCAAAUUUUAUUAUAAAUUUGAGUAUAACAUACCCAUAUGUGUACACAAGGAGUUCUUAGCCAAGUUGGGGUUCCUGGAGUUGGUGAUACCUGGCCUGAGCUUUGAAGAAUAAGUGUGUGCUAGCCAAUGAAGAGAGAACAGGGACAUGGAGGCCUUAAAACAAUAUGUUGUGCCCAGGAGCUACAGAUUGAGCAUCCCUAAUCUGAAAAUCCAAAAUUCAAAAUGCCCCAAAAUCCAAGUUUUUGAGCCCCGAUAUGAUGCUCAAAAGGGAAUAUUCACUGGAGCACUUUGGAUUUCUGAUUUUUGGAUUAGAGAUAUUCAACUGGAAUGUUAUUUUGCAUAUAUUCCCAAAUCCAAAAAAAUUAAAAACUCAAACACUUCUGGUCCCAAGCACGUUGGAUAAGGGAUACCCAACCCGUACAAACUGUUCCAUUUUACUUGAGAAAAAAAGACAAGGUGGGAACCAGGGUUUGAGCCAGUGGUACCUUAGAGGGGCUAUAGGUUCCCCACCACCCCAAGAGCCCCUUGCCAUGAAUGCUGCCAGGGCCACCCCAAGCAAACAUAGUCGGAAUAAGAGGACUGUGCUUGCUAUGUAAACGCAGCUUCGUAACAAGUGCCCUUGCACCUCUGCUGCCCUAAGCUCCUCUGUAAGGAAAAUCUGGAGAUUCCACCGAAGGGACAUUGGCUCAGUGCUGAGGGUUGGAAGCUCUGAGUCAUGACUGAAUUGGAAGCUUACAUGUUGAUUUACAAGGCGUCUUUGCCCAUUACAUUUAUUUACAUGUCCAGAGGUCGUGGCCUGAAAGGCUUGGCUCCAAAUGUGAUAUGCCCUUUCUAUUGUUUAUGAUGUGACUCUCCAUUCAGUUCUCUUUUUCUCUUCUCCUGGUUAUCUGUUGCUGAGUAGCAAAUCACCCCAGAUAUGCAGUGACUUCAGCAGCAAUCUCUCAGGAUUUUGGCGGGUUAGGAAAAUCAGGGGUCGUUUGGCUGGGUGUUCUGGCUCAGGGUCUCUCGUGAGGCUUCUUCAAACAGAGAUCAGAGCUGGAACUAUGUAGCGGGGACAGGAGCCUGGAGUAGUUCGGGACUGGCUGGGCACCUCUCUCUUUCUGUCAUUAGUCAAAAGGCCCUUGCAUGUGGUCUCCCUACAUAUGCUAGUUUGGGCUAUCUUACGGCAUGGCAGCCUCAGGCUUGGCAGCCCAGGACACCUAAGGUGAGAGCUACAAAAGCGAGAGGCAGAAGCUGUGUGGCUUUUUCUAACCCAAUCUAAGAAGUCACACAGUGCCACAUUCUGUGCUGCAUUCUACUCAGCAAGACAGUCGCAAGGGCCUGCCGAGGUUUGAGGGAAUGGGAUGGGACACAUACCCCACUCUUUGAUGCAGGGGUGGCAGUUUGAGGAAGACCAGGGGGGCAGGAAAUAUUGUUGCAACCAGUUUUGGAAAAUACAAUCUGUCACAUCCCCAAAGAACAUUUUCAUCCACUCACAUAAUCCUUUAAGUUACCUAAAAAUUAAUUUACUCAUUAUGGUGUCGCCCACAACCUUCCUUGCUCCCUUCCCACAGCAAAAUCCAAGGCCUCAGUGCACACACACAAACCACAAAACUCCCGUUGUCUGAAUGAGAGUCAGUCACUCAAGUGUGUACUGUCCCCAUCAAGAUGACAACAUUUUAUAAGGAUGUAUCCUGUUGCCCCAUCUUCUAGGAAGCUGCACUUCCAUCCAUUGUUAAAGCCAAAUAUUGCUCAGAUCUUUCAUGGAGAGGCCCCUUUGACUCUAACCCCAGCAAACUAGAGACUCAGGAGUGAAUGAUUUCAAAUCUCUGUUUGCUCUGCACCCGGGAGAUUAAUGGUACUCUCAUAACAAGUUUGGUCAAUGACAUUUAGUGGAGUACUGAAUGUUUCAGCGAGUGAAAAAAGAAAAACUGAAAGAAAGGCCCAGACUUUGGGCUUAAGGAACUUUAAAAACUGAAGCAUUACCUUAAUGUUCGUGGUAAGAAAUCUUCUUGUUUAAACAACUGAUGUAAAUUUUACAUUUUUUAGUAAGCACUAUUUCAAGUGUGCUAUCUUUAAUGAAGACUUUAAUUCUUGUUUUUACACAUAUGUAGAAAACAGAAGUUGAGUUCUUCAAACAUUUGUUAUCAAAAAUAUAUGAUAUAUAAGCACUGAAUUGGAAGAUUUUUUCCCCCUUGGAUAAUCUAGAAAAGAAUAUAGCUCUAUUCUGAAAUCCCUUCCCGUUCAAGAGUUAUCCAAGCAAAUAGUGUUGACCAAGGUGUUGAAUGCACCAGUAAUAAUAAUGCUACCCUUUCAUAAAGCUAAGUAAUCAGGAAUAAUGCUGAAAAUAAGAAGACAGUCAUUUAUUUACUCUGUUUGGCAUUGUUAGUACUAAUAAUGCAUUUCAACACAGUAAAAUUGCUAGAUAAUGCUUUUGUGACUUUUAUGCAGGUUAUUGUUAUUUAAAUGAACAGUCGACUGCACUGUAAUGAAGAAAUGCAUGCUUUUCCCAACUCAGUUAUCAACCAGAAUUCUAGGAAAAUGAGAAUUUGUGUCUGCUUUCAUUCACAGAGCAAACUAGAGGUCAGUGUUUUCAAUAUGAACCUUUUUUUAGCUUUUCAACAGUGAAUAAUUAGGAGCUGCUGCUUCUGAAAUUACCUGUAUUCACUGUAGAGAAGGAAAGACUUUUAUCUUUCACGAUGAAAUACAUUUUCUCAUUCAAACUUUGUCAUUCUUUUUUUAAUGGCAUUUUACACCACUGAGUCGAUCCUCGGUAGUAAAAUAAAAGAAAUAUAUUUUGUGAGCUGCAAUAGCCUUGUUUAUUCAGUUUUACUUCCUUAAAUUUCAUCUUCUCCUUGAAAAAUGAUCCCAAUGCAAAAAUGGGUUUAAAGCAGUUGAAUGUACAAAGCAAUUAUCCACAUAAAAUGCUAUUAUACAAACGUACAUGUUCCUUGCACUUUGAUUAAAUGGAACUGAUUCUUGAUCCUUAUCGAUUAUGUGCUUCUGUUGUUUUUUAACAGCUUUAUUGAGAUAUAAUUUAUAUGUUACAUAAUGCACGCAUUUAAAGUGUACAAUUCAGUAGCUCUUAGUAUAUUCACUGCAUUGUGCAACCAUCACCACAAACAAUUGUAGAACUUUUUUUUUUUUUUUUUUUUUGAGGCAGAGAUUUGCUCUUGUUGCCCAGGCUGGAGUGCAAUGGUGCGAUCUCGGCUCACCGCAACCUCCGCCUCCCAGAUUCAAGCGAUUCUCCUGCCUCAGCUUCCCGAGUAGUUGGGAUUACAGGCAUGCGCUACCACGCCCUGCUAAUUUUGUAUUUUUAGUAGAGACGGGGUUUCUCCAUGUUGGUCAGGCAGGUCUCAAACUCCCGACCUCAGGUGAUCUGCCCGUCUCAGCCUCCCAAAGUGCUAGGAUUACAGGCGUGAGCCACCACAGCCGGCCCAAUUGUAGAACAUUUUUAUCACCCCAAAAAGAAAUCUGGUAUCCAUUAAUAGUCACUCCCCCUUUCCUGCCAGCCCCUGACAACCACUAGUGUACUUCCUGUCUCUAUAGAGCUGCCUAUUCUAGAUAUUUCUUAUAAGAGGAAUCAUAGUAUAUAUGGUAUUUCAUGUCUGGCUUCUUUCACUUAGCGUAAUGUUUCAAGUCUUCUUAUUGACAAAUAAUAUUCCAUUGUAUGGAUACAUAAAUUUUAUUUGUCCAUUUAUCAAUUGAUGAACAUUUGGAUUGUUUCUAGUUUUUGAAUAUUAUGAACAAUGCUGUCAUGGACAUUUAUGUACAAGUUUUUGUGUGAACAUACAUUUUCAUUUCUCCUUGCUGCCUACUUAGGAGUAGAAUUGCUGGGUCAUGUGGUAACUUUGCAUAGUUUUGAAAAACUGCCAAACUGUUUUCUAAAGUGGCCGCACUGUUUCCCAGUCCCACCAGCAAUGAAUAAGUGUUCCAAUUUCUUCACAGCUUCACCAGCACUUGCUUUUGUCUGUCUUUUUUAUUAUAGUUUUUCAAGUGGGAGUGAGGAACUAUCUCGUGGUGGCUUUGGUUUGCAUCUCCCUAAUGUCUAGAUGCUGAACAUUUUUUCAUGUGCUUAUUGGCCAUUUGUAUUUCUUCUUUGGAGAAAUGUCUGAUUCUAUUGAGUUUUUAAAAAUUCUUUUGCCUCACCUCAGGCAUGUGGUUAGCAGAACCAUUAGAAACAAAUAUAUCUUCCUAAAGGAAGGGAUUUUCAAACAAAUUUAUAAAUUGAAGAUGUUCUUUUUACCAUGGUAGUAUUUUAGAUUAGGCAAUAACUGAAUUGUUCUCAGGAAGCAAUUUGCUUCUAAAACUUUGUUUUCCAUUUGGUUAGCGAUACAGAUAUUAGUGGUCCCAGAAGCAUACCUAGAAAGAUCAGCUUGUCUAAUUAACUCAUUUUACCAAUUAGGAAAGCAAGAACCUAAGAGGUGAAGUAUGUGGGUCACAUGGAGAAUUAAUGAUAGAGUUGGAAUUGUAUCCAGGUGGAGUAUCUGAAAUUCUCUGUUUAUUUUAGAGAGAAUAUGGCACUUUGCCACUAGGUUCUCACUGAUUUAAAAAAAAAAAUGGUGAAAAUGCCCUGCAAUUUAUUCAGUGACAUUUAUUGUUGAGUACUUAACACAUAUCAUUUUCUUUUAUCCUCAUAGAAGCAUAUGUAAGAUUGAUACUUUUAUUUUCUCCUUUUAUGUGUGGGGAAACUGAGGUUAGCUCACUUUUUCAAUGGCACCUACAUAGUGAGUGGCAGAUUUUCUGAUUCCAAAUCUGCUGUUCUCUGUUUCUUCUGAUCUGUCUGAGGAAUGAAAGACAGCAUCAGCACAUUGCUUCCUGUGCCAUCUUCCAACUUCUCACUGUCACUGAAACAAAUAACCGAUAGGUGGCAUCAAGGAGCACUCACUUGCCAUUGCCAUAAUUAACAGUUAUUUAGCAACGCUACUAUACCAACUUCAGAAGUAAAAUAUAUGGUUCUGUGGACAGAAGAAUUGUUUAAAUGUAAGAAUAUUGUACCUUAAGGCACCAAUAACGAACAACUUACAUUCAUAGGGUACUUUUCCGUUACAAAGCAUUUGACUUACACUUUUAAUUUGAUGCUCACAAUUUGACAAGCUUUUCAUUGUCUUUGUUUUUAUGUACUUUUAAUACUCAUGAUGAAACGAAGGCCCGAAGGGCUUUAGUUACUACGGUCCUAAAGUCUGAGGCAGAGCUGCUUUUCAAAACAAGUCUCUUGGUCCUGUGUAGUCCUGUGUAUUCCCUCCAGCGUACCAUCCUCCGCCAUAAUGAUGUGCUGUUGGGCACUCAUUUGAAAGGAGAGGAGACUUUAUACUAUUAUUUCAGACAACAACAGGGCUAUGAACAAGUAGAAGUUAUAGGGAGGCUAAUUUUGAACCCAUAUAAAGAAGAAUUGAUCUGUCCAACAAUGAAAUGUGUUGUCUUAUGAAGGAGCGAGGCCUCUUGUCAUUGAACUGUUCAAGCUAGGGCUGACUGACCAUCUGGAAGGAUCUUGCAGAAGGCAUUUCUGCAUUGGGGGAGGUGGGGAGUGUGUUUGUGGUGCUGAGAGAUGUUAGAUGGCACGUAAGAGCCCUUUCAACUAUGAAAUUGUGGAUCUUUGUUCUUAGUUAAGAGAGUAAGCUGGUUUAAGGGGUCCUCUGUAUCCUUAUUGAGGAAAGAGAGUUUAGUUCUGAUACACUCUUAUCCUGCAAUGUUAAGGGCACAGGGUUUUCUCUUUAAAAGAAAGUAACCAAAUUUAUCAACCUGGAUUACUGGUUUGUAAAAGGUUAGAACAGCUGUUCUCAUCUAUGUUAACAGAUGCUGUACACAACAAGGGAUCUAUAUUCAGAUAAGAUUUGACUAUUGCAAGAACAGAAAACCAAACACCACAUGUUCUCACUCAUAGGUGGGAAUUGAACAAUGAGAACACUUGGACACAGGGUGGGGAACAUCACACACCGGGACCUGUCGUUGGGUGGGGAGAUGGGGGAGGGAUAGCAUUAGGAGAAAUACCUAAUGUAAAUGACGAGUUAAUGGGUGCAGCACACCAACAUGGCAGAUGUAUACAUAUGUAACACACCUGCACAUUGUGCACAUGUACCCUAGAACUUAAAGUAUAAUAAUAAAAAAAUUUAAAAAUUUUUAAAAAAGGAUCUGAUAUGAGCCUGCAACGUGCUGUUGUUCUUUGUGGCUAUCCAAGAGAAAAAGAAAAGAGGCAGCAAUUCCAAAUUUGUUUUUUAGUUUUGCAAAGUGCUUCAGAGGCCAGUGGCUGUCAGCCCUUGUUGCUCAUGAGAAUCACCUGGGAAGCUUUUUAAAAAUCAGAUGCCCAGGCCCCACUGCAGACCAAAUGAAUCGUACUCUCUAGUUCCCAGAUACUGGUGGGUUCUCAGUAUCUUAACAGCUGUCCGGGUGAUGCUUACAUGAAACCAGAGUUAAGAAGAGCUCGUCUAAUCAGUCUACUCUGAUCAUGAGUCCAGGCAAAAUCUGGACAUUUGCUUUUGUAAUUCAGCCUCUUGUCUAGCAUUCCUAUUAUCAAUUCAAAGCCAAUGCUCUUUAGUACAAUAAGGGGCAGUGUCUCACAGUGGUUCAUACUGCUGCUCUUGAGCCAGACAGCCUGGCUUUGUCCACUUACUAGCCUUGUGACGUCAGGAAAGUUAUUUUAAUCACUCUGUGCCCCAAGUUCUUUAUUUGUAAAUCAAGAUAAUAAUAGUAGUUACAAAGUAAAGGCUAAAGUUAAUAAAGACCCAAAAGAAAAUUAAAACUCUACAUAUUAUGAUAUUAUAAUUACCACCAUCAUCAUCGUCCUCCUCGUCACCAUUAUCGUUUUGUUGUUGGUAUCAGUGGUAUCUUGCUAGGUGUUAGAAGCUAGGAACCUAUUGAAAAAGUGCUCUUCCCUGUACAGGACUAUACCUGGCCUUACUUGAAAACUAAGAACUCUUGGCAACAUUAGCAACAUACUUCCCCAGCUCUAGAACUUCCCGAUGAAGUGGAAUGUUUUGCAUCGGACUUUUUGCAAGAAGCUCAGGCUUGAACCCAGUAACCUGUGGUUCCAUCCAGCACUUGAUUCUACAUUAAGAUCAGGCCACAGCUCUGCAAGGUGGGGGCCCAGACUGAAGAGUCAGGCUGGAUUUCUGUUUCGUAACUGGGAAAGGCAUGUACUGCAUGCGGCAGGCUGACCUCCGGAAUCUUCAGGACAAUCUCAAUUUCAGAUGGCCCACCCUGCUGAUCAAACCUGUGGUUCAGAAAGCAUGGUUACUGUUAAACAGGAAGUGAGGGCUCCAAAUGCCAGUGUCCUAAUUGUUUAAAAAGUAAAUAUAAUUUGAAUAUGUGGGAUAGCCUCAGAGAAAAAUCAAAGAACACAAUUAAGCAUAGUUUCUAUUUAGUUUUCAGUUGAUGAAGGAGUAAUUUGAAGUUGCUGUAGUCACUGAGAGUACAGUAGCAAUAGUCCUCCAUUCUCUGGGAUUCAGGGCAAGUGCGGACAUUAUGUGCAUAUUACAGGUUUUCUAGCACACAGAUUCUAUCAAGAUAGCCUCUAACUGCAAUUGUGGACACUGGUGGAAUAUUCCUAGCAGGAGCUCAAAGGAUUGUAAAGCUGAAUAACAUCUUUGUCUCAAGAACUUAUAUGAGAAACUUUUUUCCCUUUUUCUUCUACAAGCAUUUAGUGGUUCACCAUUGCAGACACUGCAUAUCUUUGUAUCCCACACAGUCCCCAUGUUAAUAGUUGUUUGCUAGUUGUGGUCAUUUAAUUGAAAAAAGCUGGCACAGAGAUAUUACAGGUCCCAAUAGGUCAUUUCUGUAUCAAGUAUGGUGUUAUUAUUGCCUUUAACCAAGCCCUGUCCAAGGCCAAAUUUAUUACAUGCGUUAAUAAUAUAUAAGAGGAUAGACAGAGAACUGAAGAAAAGAUGUGUGUGGCCUUUAAAUAUGCCAAUCAUCUACAGUUCGGAGGGUUGCUUACCGUGGCAUAUUGCCAGCUGUGCAUUAUAGAAUUCCAGAUGGCAUGGUACUGUUGGUACUUGUUUUGGAUUUGCCCUGGGAAUGAGGUUAAAGAGGACACCAAACUAUGGCUGAGAUACUUUUGCUUGCCUCUUCCAGGGUAGAUCCUGGAGGGCUCUAUCCCCUCCAACCAAUCAGAAAGCUGCCCUGACCUCUCUUGGGGAUUAUGAACUCAGCACAAAUUGCUCUUUCCCUGUGAAUUCCCAUGCACCUAGUAACCCUGCACUAAGAGGGCAGUGAGAUUGCAUUCCCUCAAGUGAUCUGUGUUCGCCCUCCCUCAGACCCCAGAGCUGGGGCAAGUUUGGACAUGAACUCAAAGACUCUAUAGAUAAGGGUUGUGUUUUCAUUAGCUUGCCUGUCUUGCUUGCUUUAUGUUCUGUGUGAUUUCCUUCCCGCAUCCCCCCAUUUUUUGAAAACAAAACAAAACAAAACAAAACAAAAACCUUUUUACAGAAAUUCACACACAGAGACAAAAUAGUGUAAUGAACCCACAUGUCUCUAACACCCACCUUCAACAGCUACCAACAUGUCACCCUUCUUGUUUUAUCCUUCUCUCCUCUUUUUGUUUUGUUUUGUUAGAGUGUUUUAAAGCAAAUCCCAGAUGUCUGAUUUUACCUGUAAAUAUUUCAGUAUGUAUCUCUAGCACAUACAGCAUAACUUUUAAAGAACGUAAUCACUAUUUAGAAAUGAUUGCAUAACCUGUCUGGGUUCAGUAUUUCCUAAUUGUUUCCAAAGCAUUCACAAAUAGUUGGACGGUUUAAAUCAGGCUGCAAACAAAGUAUAUCUAUUGCAUUUGGUUGAUCUGUCUUUAAACGUUCUUUAAUCUAUUACAGAUCAUCCUCCUGUUUUUAUUACAUUUAUUUGUUGAAGAAAUUGUCCUGUAAAAAUUUUUGUCCUAUAGAUUAUCGUCCUGUAAAAAUGUUCAUUUUAUGUAUUUGAACUAUUGCAUCUCCACGGUGCCAUUUAACAUGUUUAUCUUUCCUCUGUACUUUCUGUAAAUUAAUACUUAGAUCAAAUGACUUAAUGAGAUGCAAAUUCAACUGUAUCACAUCAGGAGACACAUAACAUUUGUUUGCAUUACAUUUAUUGAGAUCAAGAUUGAUCAGUGGGUUCAGGUGUGGUCAGCCUUUCAUCCAUUAUGAAGUUCUCUAUCAACCUGUUAACAUAAUAAUUUUAGUGACCAUUGAUGAUCACUGCCAACAUUCAUUAGGGAUUACAACAUGGUAAUGUUCACUUCUGACAUUCAGUUUGCAUUUACUAGCUAUUAUUCUAUCAUAUAGAAAAGCUUACUACCAUCAACUAUUUGGUUACUCUGAAAUACAGUUCAUAUCAGAAAAGCAGCAUAAAUGCCUCUGUUUAUUAAAUAGUUUUCAGAUUAUUGAAUGGCACCAGCAACCUACAAAAGUGAUCAAUGAUGCUUGCUUGUUUGUUUUGAGCAUCAAUAUAAACCCUUGGACUUUUAUCUAUUUUAUAGGUGUCCAUCCAUUACUCUUUGAUCAGUGAGAUCCCCUUCAAGUUGCCUCUUUUGCCUUUUAACAUGAUUCCACUAGUCUUUUCUGUCAGGAUAAGAUGCCAUAGGCUCCUGGCCCAAACCUGGAAGCAACUAUUUUUACAAGGAAUCCUGAUUCCUUUCCUUAGGAAAUAGUAUAUAAAGACUUCAGUCUAGACACCAAGGGUAGAUUUCCCCUGAAAUGGUUAUGUUUAUGUUGGAAUGGUAACGCAGUCUUCCUUGGUAUCUCAUCAUUCCUGCUGUCUGUAGGCAUCUGGUUCCACCUGGAUGCUCCCUCCCCACACAGUCUUGUAAUGGCCAGUGCUCCCUGUGAUUCCACCUCCCUCUCCAACCAGAUCCUGCUGCUUCUCUCAAUGCCUUCAUCCUCUCCUUCUAAAUCAGAUACCCCAACUCAUCUCUGGGCUUCUGAGACACCAGAGUGGGGAACACUUCUCUAAUGUUGAAGAAUAAUGGUACCCUUUCUUACACAGACUAUUUUUAUGUUUUUAUUUCUUGAAGGGAGUCAACCUCCUGUUGCUGUCCAAGCCGUCAGUAGACAAAUUUAGUCUUGUUCUUAACCCAGAACAACCAUGCUUUGAAACACCAUGGAAACAGGCAGUCCUGGCCCCAGACCCAGGAAGGCUUCAUCAAACCAACAAUCCCCUCAGGUGUGUGUGUUUCCUAGGAAGCGUGGGCAGUUGCAAGUUGAAAUUCUUAACUAGGGUUGCCAGGUAAUGAAAAAGUGUUAAGGAGUUAGUUUAUCUUAACCAUUUUGAAGCCACAUACCUAUUUGUACAUUUGAUGAAAACUAUAGAACUUCUCUCUGGAAAAAUGUACAUACACACAAAAUUUUGCAGACAAUUUCAUGGGCUUCAAGGAGCUCAGGGUAUCUUGGCGUUUCAUUUGUUUUCAUAAACUAGAUCCUGAUGUGCACUGGCUUGUUGGAGGCUGCAGGGUUUGGAGGUGAGUCUGAACAAGAAGGCAUAUAGCUGAUACCAGAGGGUCAGUUUCAAAUCACUCCACUCAACAUUAUUUAUUCUUUGGUGUAGAGGUACUCCUGGUGCCAGUCUAUGAACUAUUUGAUGUCAGUCCAUGACAUCAUAAAUGUAGAAACUGAGAACAGGCAUCUAAAAAAAUUAUAGCAAUUUGAUGUGGUCACAACAUGCAAGCAUAUGGUCCUUGGACUUGUCUCAUUGAAUAGGGUACAAAGCAUUUUGGGUGCUGAUGAGUUCACAAGGUGAGUUGCACGCAGUGGGAGCUGCAUAGCAGUCAUGCAAAAAAGGCCCCCCCAUCAGUUGUCAACAGGUUGGAAAUUAAAAACCAAAGCACAAACUGGUCCUUCAUUUCAGAGUCUAAGAAGCAACAACAGUGAAACCCAGAGUACCUUUGCUCACCCUACUACCUUGUUGUUUUAGCCUGUCUUUCUCCACUCUAUACUUCUACAAAGUAUACCUAGAACAAGGCAUAGAGUUGGUAUUCAGUAAAUCUUUGCUGAACGGUGAGCAGAGCAAAACUGUUGCCCAAAA